UCUCCGUCAUGGAGGAGGCUUUUACCUUGUCAGGGUUUAAUGACACACUCGGGUACAGAGCUGUUGUCUUUUCUCUUGCAUCGCUGUGUUACUUUGCUAUCCUCUUCUUUAAUGUUGCUAUUAUCAUUGUGAUUGUCUCAGAUGAAUGCUUACAUGAGCCAAUGUACAUUCUGUUAUGUGUUCACUGCAUUAAUGGUCUUUACGGCACGGCUGGGUUUUACCCAAAAUUCCUGGCUGACCUUCUGUCGUCCUCUCAGGUCAUCUCUUAUCAUGGAUGUCUGGUUCAGGCUUUUGUCUUAUACUCAUUUGUCUGCAGUGAUACGUCCAUUCUCACUGCCUUGGCUUAUGACAGAUACGUGGCGAUCUGUCUGCCUCUGCAGUACCACUCAAUCAUGACAAACAGAAGGGUUUACUCAUUGGUGUGCUUGUCAUGGUUAACUCCUUUCUGCAUUUUUUCCAUCAACAUUUUCCUGACAGCCAGAUUGAGGUUCUGCGGAACAAACAUACAGAGGCUCUUCUGUCUAAACUGGGUGAUUGUUAAACUUGCUUGCCCUGGCUCAAACACUGUCAUAAAUAAUGUUUACGCAUUAGCCACUUUGUCAAUCUAUGUAGUGCAUUGGCUCUUUGUGUUCUGGACUUACAUGUAUAUUGUUAAAACAUGCGUGCAAUCCAAAGAGGACAGGGCAAAGUUUAUCCAGACAUGCGUCCCACAUCUAAUCUCUCUCAUCAUGUUAUUCGUCAUUGUGGUUUCUGACUUGAUGCACAUGCGAUUUACAUCAUCCGAUCUCCCUCUGAGCUUCCAGAACUUUUCCUCCCUUGCUGUUGUCCUUAUUCCCCCACUUACGAAUCCUCUGCUUUACGGGUUUAAACUUGCGAUGAUUCGAAAGAGGAUUUUUGUUUUGCCAUUCCUGAGAAAAAAACUUCCUGUGUCGUCUUAGGUCUUCCCAAAAGCUGUUAAAAUAUGUGACAAUAUUCAGCGUUAACUGAAGUGGUUUUGUUGUCUGUUGUCGUAUGCCCUAAUUUUUUUAUAUAUAUAGAAAUAAUUACAUAAAAACAUAGAAAUAUAUUUUUCAAAAUAUGUCAAAACAACCUAAGAGUGGUUGUAUAUGAAGAAAUUAGUAAUAAUGUCUUCUUUUGAAAUAAAUGUAGACAUUGGGGUAUUGUUCUUUUUUUUCUUUGUACUAAGUUGCUAAAAUAAAUGUAGCUAAAUGUAUUG